AGGCAAGAUGAAAUGAAUGCCUGAACACAUAUUUGAGACAAGAUGGAGACCUAACAAACCCACACUCACCGCGUGUUGGCAGUCACAACAUCACAAUGAGGAUAGACAAAGCAAAGUGCAAGAAGAUUCUCACUGAAGUGCCGGCUAGCUGUCGAGGACUGAUAACAAAGUUAAAGACGUGCCCUGAAAGCGAACUUGUGAAUACUCUCAAGGAGAUUACUGUUUGGGAAUAUGGCAAGUGUGAGCUGUAUCACUGGAUCGAUGUGCUGGACAGAUUUGAUGCUAUUUUGGAGCGUGUCGCUAAGCCUGAAGCUGCGCCGCCUAACGAGAUGAUGAUUUACCUGUGUAGGAAACUGGAGGAGAAGCAGUCAAAACACUUAGUUUACUACGUCCUUUACUUCACGGCGCUGCUGAUGGAGCAUGCAUACGCCAGACAUCUCUACAGCUCUAUUGAGCAUCUGACGAAUCUGUUGGCAGCUAGUGAUAUGGACAUUGUACUAGCAGUUCUCAAUCUACUCUAUGUAUUUAGUAAGCGAUCAAACUUCAUCUCUAGACUGACUCCAGAAAGAAGAUCGUCGUUAAAACUUCGCCUGAAUCACUUGGCUGAGUCAUGGGGAGGAAAAGAUAACGGGUUUGGUCUAGCUGCUUGUUGUGAAGAUAAGCCAUUGUCUGAGUUUCCACCUACGGCAACCACACUGCACUACGAGUUUUACAUCUUGGGAAGCAACGGGGCCAGCUCACACAAGGUCAUACACAAGGAGCAUCUGGACACAUACUCAGACAGUUCCGCGAGAAUAAUGGAGGACCUGGUGACGAGUUUCCAGGUUCCUACUGGUAAACAAAUGGGACUGCUCACUCACAUCAGACUGGCACAAGCUUUUUCUAACUACACUCGCAGACUGCAGUGUGUACAGGCUCGACUACAAGCGAUAUCUAUACUGGUAUACAGUAACGCGGGAAAUGACAUUCUGCAGAACCUGCUAUAUGAUGGUCUGAUAGAGGAGCUAGUGGACGUGCUGGGGGUUUCUGAUCACAGACUAACUGACAUCAAAGCAGCGGCACUGCGCACUCUAACUGCAAUAAUACACCUGGAGAGGACGCCACGUAUAAACGCUAUAAUAGACGCCACGGGAAUGUCCUCCUAUCACGGCUUCUUCCCUUCCCUCUUUAGAUCCUGUGUCUUAGCUAUGAUUGGAGAAAGCAAAGAAACACCCCUGCCCCAGACCCUUUCCACAGCCCUCUUCUCCUUCCUCUAUCACCUGGCCAGCUACGAGUCGGGGGGCGAGGCACUUGUCUCGUGUGGCAUUAUGGAAACCCUCCUCCGUAUUGUACAGUGGAAGAGUCUAGAUAAUUCCCAGUUAACAUUUGUAACGAGGGCGGUGCGGCUGGUAGAUCUGAUAACUAACAUGGACAUCACAACUUUCACCAACUUCAGUGGACUCUCCUGCCUUAUAGCCAGACUGGACCACGAGGUGAACAAGUGUAGAGAUGAUCUGGGUGAAGAACGUGUCCUCCACGAGUCUCCCACACUUGAAGAAAUUGAAGGUGGAGAGGACAACUCUCCUUCCAGGGAUGGUGAAUCCAGUUCAGACCCUGUUUCUCUUGACGUUAUAGAAGUGGCCAUGACAGCGGAACCUGCCGUGCCUGCUCAAGACGUUGAUAUGACGGACAGUGAACGAGCCUCUUCUUCUAAAAGUGGCAAGGGUGCUGCUAAGUCAUGCAGAUCUAUGUGUAUUCCUCAGCGAGCAGCCCUACUUAAGAGCGUCCUCAACUUCCUCAAAAAAUCCAUCCCCGACCCCCUUUUCUCAGACUACAUUAGAAACGUGAUGGAUGGCUCCUUACCGAGCUCUCUAAAGCACAUCAUCAGUAAGGCUGAGUACUACGGACCCUCUCUUUUCCUUUUAGCUACGGAGGUAGUAACACUUUACGUGUUCCACGAACCUUCCCUCCUGUCAAGUUUACAAGACAGGAAAUUAACUGACGUUAUACUUGAAGCUCUUGUUGUCAAAGAGGUACCCCCAACUAGAGAAGUGAUAGCUUCCUUACCCAACAUCCUCAGUGCACUGUGCCUCAACCAGCGAGGUCUGGAGGCCUUUAUUCAGUGCAAACCUUUCGACAGGCUGUUCCACGUCCUGCUGUCUCCGCAAUACCUUCCCGCUAUGAGACGCCGGAGCAGUGAUAGCUUAGGAGACACGGCUACGAACCUAGGAACAGCUAUGGAUGAGUUGAUGAGGCAUCAACCUACACUGAGACACGAUGCAAUGACUGCAAUCAUCAAGCUGCUAAAGGAGGUGUGUAUCAUGGGGGAAGAUGAGAAUGUGAUCGUGCAGAACAUGUCCCUUUCUGGUGAACUUGCAGACAGGGGUGAUGAGAAGGGAGACGGGUCUGAUGAGGAUGAUGAGGUAGUGAUGAGGCGGGCUAAAGUAUCAGCUGAGAACUCCCCUGCUGAACCCCUAGCUCUCACAGGAACCAGUAGCAGCAGUACGAGCCCCACUAAACAGAGUCUCCCCCUGAUGGAGUACGUGUACAAUGUAGUCAGGUUUAUUGACGCUAUUCUCAGUAACAACGCUACUGACGAUCACUGCAAGGAGUUUGUUAAACAAGGUGGGUUGGAACCGCUGAUAAAGAUUCCUUCGCUGCCCAACAUUGCCAUUCAGUUCGCUUCAUCUCGAGCCUGCAUGGAUGUAGCCAUUACUCUUAAAGACAUAUUGACGUUAUCUCAAGACGGGACAGUGAUAGUUCAGUGCUUCAACCAGAUAGAUCAGCUGAUAAAACAACUGGAGCCAAUGUACAAUCCUACUUCAGAGUCUUAUCUUGUCAACGAACUUUCCAGGUCCGCUACUCCGACUCAGCCUUACAACUCUGCUAAAAGUACGCCCCUCCUCCACACAAUCACCGCCCUGGAGAGCUACACCACCUUGCUUAUCAGCCUCUGUAAAGUCGGCCAGGUCGACAUGAGGACAGUUUGUAUCGCAAAGUGGGGCAGCGACCAAGGACUAGCUAUUAUAAACAAGUUGUCCCACUUAUACUCGGCUAUAGUGUGGGAGAAUGACCUUCUGGGUCUGCUGAGUCCUCCUUAUAAUCACACCCAGGGCAGGGGUGAUUUGGAGAAACUUAUUGAGGUUAUCGGGCCAAAUCCUGUUAUUAAACUGAAGGGGAAAGAACGGAAGGACAAGUCUCCGCCUCAUAUUCGACUGAUAAAACCGCUGUGGCAAUCAGUAGACAGGUUGAGAAAGCACCUGGCUGCCUUUCUAACUGUCCUGUGUAAACUGAGUUGUGGCCACACUCGUGUUAGACGUACGAUGGGUAACAAGCCCGUACCCAGCACUCAUCAGUGUGAUAUAGCUAAACACAUUAUCAAGUUCGUAGUGAACGGGUUGACGUGGAGACCUCCCAACAUCCCCAACAUCCACCCAAGAGUUAGCCUCAUGGCCAUGAUCGAUCAUAUUGGUCUAGCAGGACAGAUUCUGUACAGUGAGUCCCAGCAGCCCUACCACCUGAUGUUACUGGAGUUUGACAGAGCCCAGGGUCUCCAGGCUCUGGUGGGCACUUACGAGUGGUCUGCUAGCAUACCUAAACAAGAUAACAAGGACCUAGUGCCUGGAUCGGGAGAGUUCAUGGUGGCGUGGCUGACCCUGAUAAAGAAGCUGAUAGACGUGAAGCAGGUGAUUGAGUCCUCCCACUCUCUGCCUUCUCAGACAGUGCCUCCCUCCAAUCAGUACAAACAGUUCGAGUUCGAACCUGUACACUUCCUGGCUAAAUCUCACAAGUUCGCAUUUGAAGUGAUAAGUCAGCUAUGGGACGAACUAUACGCUUACUCAGGGAUGAAAACUCUUAAGAAUGAGAUUGGGCCCAUUACUGAGCACGUGAUUGUCAUCCUAAAACACCUUCUGAAGGGAGAUUUGCAAGACAAGAUACAAAAACUAGAUAAGAAGAACGAAGACGGGACCUCUAGUAAGAGCAUUAACGAAUCUUCCGUCCAGCCAAGCGAGCAUCUAGUUCAACAGUUGAUGGAUAUGGGAUUCGCUCGACAGCACGCGGUUGAAGCCCUGAUACACUCUAACAACAACAUGACAGCUGCUACUGAGUAUGUGCUGACACGACCCUCCCUCUCUAUACCAAUGCCAGACAGUGAUUUGUCGGAGGAGGAGGCGAUGAUGCAAGCUAUCGCGAUGUCUCUAGCAGUAGAGGAAGAAGGAGCUCACCCUGCUGAGGAGAAGGAGCCAGAGGAGCCCCAGCCAGAGAUAGAGUAUGUUACGGAAGAUAAACUGUGGAGUCUCUACGAUAAAAUACUCGCUGGAUGUAUCAAGUUGUUGGAGGAUGUGCCCUCUGCAGUGUUUAAGAUUGGAGACCUGUUAGCGGUUAUUAUGGACCGUAAAGGAGACAUGUCUAGAGCAGAUACCAUUUCUAGGAUACUCCCCCUGGUGGUGGAAGGGGUGAAGCACGUGAUAGAAUGUUUGAGUGAGUCCAACUACUCCGCACAGAUCAACAACAAGAGGAUAGCCGUGUUGGGGGCAUACCUUCACUGUCUACUACUCAUCAGCGAGGACUUGAUGUUCUCAUGCGGAGAGCUGUUCAGUGAGACGAAGCUCUUUAACGACCACCUUGUAACACUGCUCCGACUCUACGCUAACCACCUCGUUAAGGAAGGAAGUACGGAUAGUAAACCUCCUGGAUGGCUAACUCCACUCAUCUUACUGUUUGACGUCCACGAGAAGAUGGCUACCAUGGUUAAACGCAGGAGCAAUCUUCCUAAGGUUGAGCACGUCUGGCAGUACUACGAAGAGAGACACAACAGGUGGGUAAACUACCACACGUCCAGUAAUGCUACUAUUGAGAAGGCUUACCUAGCGGGCGAGCAGGAGGUGUGCUUCAACAGUGGGAGAAGACAUUACAUGGUCCUCUUUAACAUCAUGACACAGAUAAACGAAGAGAACGGAGCUCCAAGACCCGUGAUGAGAAUUCCUAAACCUGGUCUCCUACCAUCUCCCUCUGAGCCUUCAACCUCAGGUGCAACAGAGCCCCCACCAGUAGCAGGUGAACAGACCAGCCCGCACAAGGACAAUAAGAUAACAGGGUCUGAGUCAGGUAAAGACAAGUCCCUCACUGCUUCCAAGAAAGAUGAUCUGAUGGAGACUGAGGAGAUGGCGGCUGUAGAGCACUUUGAUGAAGUACAGAUAUCUGAUAUCGUCGUAUUGUGCACUAAGAUCCUAGGACACAUUCAAGGUGCUGAUGCUGUACAAGCACUGAUGAGACUGCUGCUGAGAUUCACCAGGAACCACAGACAAGCGCAACUAUUUGCGGAGAAUAACGGUCUUCAUCACGUCAUGCAGCUCAAAGAAGGUUCAUCCUUCACUGGCUUCUCAUCCCUGUCAACACUGAUAUUCCGUCAUCUACUGGAGGACGAACGAACGCUCAAAUGCACAGUGGAGAACACGGUGCUGGGUUACCUAGCGGGAACCGUGACUGAUGAGAGUAAUGAGACUAGGACCAGCGGCAACAUCAAGGAGAUACACAACAUGUUGCAACGACUAGCCCCCGUUGCGUCUCGAGCAGAGCGGAUAUUCUCCGAAACGUGCCAAACUUUCCUUAGGUUUACAGUCCCUCCUAACCUAAAGGAGUCCAUCAAAACAAUCGCGGAUGUGAACGACUUAUCAUCUAUACUGAAGGAACCAUACACGAUCAAAGCGAGCAGUGAGAAACCAGAGGAAUACUCCACCGUGUCUCCUCUAGCUGCCAUGGCAAUAGCAUCUCUCCUGGGACGACUAACUGUGCUCUUCCACACCAGCGAGGAGAACCUUCCUAAACUACCUGACAGGACCGAUACUGCUGAGUUAAAGGUUUCGUCUCAAGAGUUGCUGUCUCUAGAGGAACCCUCUCCUUUCUCGGACCCUGUCAGGGCCCCCAAGAAGCGCAGGAAAACUGGGCACUCUGAACAGAAAGAGAAGGCGAAAUUACCUGGAACAAAGAAGUUCCUUGUAACCCAGUCCUCCAUUCUGAAGAUGUUGUCGGAGGCUGUUAAGAGUUACUCGGGAGUUGCCGAGUUCAUUAUCGACCAGACAGUUCUUAACAAGGAGGGCGAGAGUACGUAUGCUCUAACGUUUAUAAUGGAUAACCUGCUGGCUGCACCUGGCAAGGACGCCCCUCCUGGGCGGGAGGACACGCACGAGCACGCCAAGAUGAUCCUGUCCACUGUGGCAGCAAGUAACUCUAGUGAUCCAGCUAAAGAGAAACUAGUAGACCAAAUCAGACUGUCAUUCAUUAGCUCGCUCAAUACGUUGGAGUCACCCGCUAAACACGCUAAAGUGCAAGCAAUAGCCUCUCUGAUGAGCAUAAUCCUGGACCCCAGAGGACCUUACAAUCUCCCUGUGAUGGUAGACUCGUUCAACCUGAACAGCAGCAUUAGUUCCCAGUCUCCUCCUUACAUCUCUAAACUUCUUAUCGCUAAAGGUCUGGUGAGCGACCUAGCCCAAGUUCCUCACAAGUUAGACCUCUCCUCGCCUCACAUGGCGCUCACUAUUAACAUGUGCCUAAAACCUCUCGAGGUUCUUACUCGACUCAUCUACUCGGCGGUGUUGGCGGAAUCUUCUCAAACUACUGAUAAAUCAGAGGAUCCGGAUAAGCAGGAUAGGGACCGAACCAGAGGUGAGGUAGAGGAGACGCUAGGAGACCUUAUUCUGAACAAUGUAGUAGAUCAGCUACUAGACGGCACUUUACCAGCUUCCUCCGCAAACAUCUUAGGCAGCUCGUCUCAGGAGGACAUGGACACUAUGGACGUCAUCUCUAGACCCAUCCCUAUCUCAAAUGAAGGAGCUAGCUGGUCAGGACGACCAGACCGGCUAGUUGGGGACGAGGAUGAGGACGAGGAGGAGAGACGAGAAGCGGCGGAGGAACCUGCUGUUAGAAGCAGUCCUAAUCACGCUUCUAGCUCCUUUAUUCAGGCUCUUCAGGGACUUGGGGAACCUUUCACUAAUCAACAGGGUUACUCUGGCGACGGGGAUGAGGACGAAGGUGACAGUUUCAGUGAUGAAGAGGACGGGGAUGACGAUGACGAUGAUGGUGAUGAUGAUGAUGAUGACGAUGAUGAUGACGAAGAAGAAGAUCGUCUGGGUAACAAUCCAGAGGAUGAAGAUGAUCACGGUGUCGAUGACACGGUUGAUGAAGCGGAUGCUAACAUGGUAGACGAGGACGAGGGUAGUGAUAUGGAGGUGGACGAUGAUGACGACGAGGACGAUGUGGAUAUGGAACUGGACGACACUUCUAACCUCGUCUUCGAUACCACUCGUGCUGACAACUUCAACCUUGACUUCCUGAAUGACGAAGAAGAGCAGUUUGUAGCAGUGAUGAACACUUCCCGUUUGAACAGCGCCAGAACACACUUUAGAUGGUCCAACCACAGUCCCCUUGCCAGAGCUAGAGCCCGAGCUAACGGCUCCACCAGCUCAGGACUCCCCACUUCUCAUCCCCUGUUAAUGAGGAACAGUGACAUCAGCUCCACUACCGACACCACCACCACUGCUGCUGCUGGGACGAGCGGGACCGUUACCUCGACAGCUAGAAUACCGAGACUCUUGGACUCUGACACGGGGGCACCGUUCCUCCACCGUCUCCUCAAUUCAGGAGCAGAUGCUGUGCUCCUGGGCUCCUCAAGGAGCAGGAACAGCAGGAACAGCAGGGUGCACGUGUUCGAUCAGGUCACUAGAGACGAGAUCCUCAACUCCGACCUCAAUGACUUCAACCCUGUCGGGGGAAAUUCAGAGACGGUGUUGACAUUACCCAGUGCACUCUCUCGAUGGAGAGAAGAAGCUCAGGUCCUGGACGGAUCAUCUCUCCAAGAUCUGGUUCAGUUGGUCAAGCCUCCCGUCAUAUCUACUCUCCAGAGGCACAUGGAUGCUGAGGUUUCGGUGAUCAAGGAGGCUCGUCUGAAGGAACUGAAUGAGGAGCUUGCUAAGGAGGCGGUGGCGGCUAAGAAAAGGGAGGAAGAAGCAGAGAGGACUGCUAAGGAAGCCAAGGAAAAGGUGACAGCAGGAGAGGAAGAAGCAGGAGAAGAAGACUCAACCACACCCUCCGAAACAUCUCCUUCAGACGACCUCGGUCCGCUCCUCUCAUCUUCUCUCAACAUGGCCAGCAACACCGGUAGUGAGGCUAGUAGCGGAGGGGACGAUGUGACUCCAGGGAACGAGCCCUCUACACGUGCUAUGACCACCUCCAGUCUGAACCCAGCUCCUGGCGAGGGGUCUGCAAACCAGCAGCAAGUUCAGGACCCAGACGACACUAUGCCAGACAUGUUCCCAGAGGACAGCGACAGUUCCCUAACCUCCGUCGGGUCUUCUGUAGGCUGGACUCCUCCUCAGAGCACCACAGGUCCAGAGCAAGGCAGCACAGCUCCAGACCGACCCUCUCCCAGCUACUCGCCCAUGUCGGAGACUAACCCACUUGUGCCCACUGCCGGCCUCUCAAACACUGCUGACACCAUGUCAGCUAGUGAUGACGUCAUGAGCACUGGUGAUGUGACGUCAUCAUCCAGCGUGGUCACUACUUCUGCAGUAACCACAGUGUCCUCGGCAAUAACGGAGGUGACCUCUUUAGCCAGUGAGGUAGCAGCCAGCAUCAGUGCUCUACGUGGUACUGUUCCUGCUCCUGAACCAACGAACGAGACCUCUGCUCAAACUGACACUACCCCUGUCAACGCUAUCUAUAUUGAUGGAAUUCCAGUACCAGAGGGAAUAGACCCCUCCUUCCUGGAGGCUCUGCCCGAUAGUAUCAGGAUGGAAGUGCUACUGGAGCAGAGUGCUGCACUGGAGCGACAACGCCGCGUAGCUGCUCAGCAGCGUGCAACCACGACGGAACCUCAGCAAUCAGGGACUGUGGAACGAACAGACUCGGCGUACAACCCGAGUGAUGUACUCAUGUCACUCCCCUCCUCAUUGAGAAGAAGUGUUCUGGCUGACAUGGAGGAGAGUCAACUCAACUCCCUGAGCGAGGACUUAGUACAAGAUUACGAGAGGAUCAGAUCGGAGCAAAGAGCUCGAACAGUCUACACGACCAUUCCCUCCAGUGCCGGAGGAACAAGUAGGGCUGGUGGGUCUGCCAGAUCACUCCUCUCCCGUCUUAAUAACCUUGUAAACUUCAGUUACAGGACGCUAAACAUAGGCGGAGAAGGCCGGAGUGGGACGAGCAAUCGAGCCUCUAUUGGUCCUAUCUUCGCUUCAACUAUCCCUCCCUUCCCUCCCGUCAGUGGACUGUCCACCACCGGCAACACUUACAAACACGAGAUAAAACGAAGUGCGCAGUUGCAAGAAGAGGUGAGGAAGGUGAUAAAGAAGAAGCCUAUAGAGCACGAGGCUAUCACCUGCCUACUCGUCCUCCUCUUUAUCGAUGAUUCGCUCAGGUUACAAACGUCUCGAUUACACCGAGUUUUAAGGAACCUGUGUUGUAACACUGCUUCCAGAACCUGGGUCCUCAUAUCCCUUAUAUCCAUCAUACAGAAAUGCAGCGCUGCUAAGAAGACUAAUAAAGCGUCCUCAAAGUCACCUGCCUCCCUCCUCUCCAGUAUAAACUGUCAGAACAGCUGGCUCACUCUCUCAAUGAACACUAGUUUGGGGUGUAAGAACAACGUGUUCGAUAUUAACGCCUCCAGCAAGGGUCAAAUCAACUCACAGGAAGUGAUAAAGAUCCACCCUCAAGCUAGCACGGUGGUUUGCAGGCGGGUACUGGACCUCUUAGUGGCACUUGGCCGGUACUUCCCCAACCACUUCCUAAGCAGGAGUGUUACAGACUCCGGCCUCAAAUACGGUGGAAACAAACUUCCUGAUGACAAGAAGGCCCCACAAGCAGAGCUUCUCAACACUGGAUUAGCUCUUACUGACUUCUGGGACUUCCUACUCAGCUCAGAUCAUGUAAAAGGAAAGACUCCGUCAGGAAAGUCUACCAAGAUGGGGACCUCGUCCCACUUCUUAUCGUGCCCCAUGGGACAGCUAAUGGUUCUACUAGAUCACCCCGUCAUUAAAAACAACCAGAACCUCAUAGAUAGGUUACUGAGACUGCUGUCCUCUAUAGCACAUGCUCUAGCCGAACAGACUUCCGACAAGAAAGAGGACAAGAAAAACAAGAAUGUGGAACCCUUACCAGAGGACUGUCCAGAGAACAGCAUUGAGAAACAACAUCUCCAACUGGUUACUAGCAUCCUCACCACUGGAGCCUGUAGUGAGGAGGGAUUGGAGGACGGUACUUCACUAUUACUCCAGCUGUCCAAAGUAAACUCCAGGCUUAGAGACAUGACGCUGUCUCUAAUGUUGUCCGGACUGCAAUCAGUCGCUGCUGACCUUCAGCAACAGAUAAAGCAACUGUUGGAAGAGCUAAAAGAAGAGCACCGAAGGAACCCACAGAAGAAACAAAAAGAGAAGGAUGUGACAAAGAGCAAAGCCCUGACCUUGCAGCCCAACAAGGGUUCUCUCAAGACUCCACACAGGGAUCUCCAUCUUCCUGCCAUGUCUAAUCUGACCAAGAAAAACAGCAGCCAGGCUUACUUCCUACGUAUACUCAAGGUGGUAAUAGCUGUCAGGGACGUCACGAUUAAAAGCAUUGAGGCCGAGAAAGAAAAGAAGAAGAAAGAGCGUGAAGCUAAGGUGAAGGAAGAGAAAGAGAAGAAGAGGAAGGAGAGAGAAGAACAGAGGAAGGAGGGCGAAGAGACGGAGAGUGACGAUGAGGAUGACGAGGAGGAAACUAAGAGUGAAGAGGAAGAGGACAAAACGGGAGGUCUGGGUCCACUAUCAGAACAACUCAAAGUCUCUCAACUGUGGACGACUCUGGGAGAAUGUCUGACUGAGCUUGGUUCCAGCUCCGAUACUCACGCCGUCCUGGUUCUUCAACCCGCCGUUGAGGCUUUCUUCCACGUUCACGGUAUUGACAGUACCGCAGAGAAGACCUCUUCUGCUUCAAGACGAGGCCGCAACACAUCGGGAUCUCUGGAUCUGUUGAGCGAGAGUCCUGCUCCGCUGAGUGUGGAACCUGUGGAUAGUGUGAGCUCUCUGAGUUCAGGGGGUCAAUGCUCCUUACCUAUCUUUACUUCCGACAUGUGUCCUGAUACUCGCAAGUUCAUCACAUUCGCUGAGCAGCACCGUAUCGUGCUGAACCAAAUAUUGAGACAGAGCACUACACCGCUCAGUGACGGUCCCUUCCAGGUUCUAGUCAACCACACUCGUGUCCUGGACUUUGACGUGAAGAGAAGGUACUUCAGACAAGAGCUGGAUAAGAUAGAAGAAACUAACAGAAGAGAGGACAUCGCUAUCAGGGUCCGACGUGAGCACGUGUUUGAGGAGAGCUUCAGAGAGCUGCACAGGAGAUCCCCUGAAGAGUUGAAGAGCAGAUUGUACGUGAUAUUCGAGGGAGAAGAGGGGCAGGACGCUGGUGGUUUGUUGAGGGAGUGGUACCAGAUUAUCGCUAGAGAGAUUUUCAAUCCUCACUACGCUCUCUUCACUACUACCCCCGGGGACAAGGUCACGUACGUGUGCAACAGUUUCAGUCAUUACAAUCCAAAUCACUUGGACUACUUCAAGUUUGUGGGCCGAGUCAUCGCCAAAGCUAUCUACGAUAACAAACACCUGGACUGCUACUUUUCCCGGUCAUUCUACAAACACAUUCUCGGACAGCCAAUUAGUUUCAAGGACAUGGAACACGAAGACUAUGCUUUUUACAAGAGCAUGAUGUUCCUUCUGGAGCACGAUCUGGUCGAGGCUGGGCUAGACAACCUCGACUUUACUAUGGAGAUAGAAGAGUUCGGAGUAUCAGAGACCAGGGAGUUAAAACCUAACGGUGACAACAUUGCCGUCACGAACUCCAAUAAGAAGGAGUAUGUGAAACUCAUCUCCCAAAUGAAGAUGACCGGCAGUAUAAGGUCCCAGAUAAAAGCUUUCCUUGACGGUUUCUACGAUAUAAUCCCCAAACACCUCAUCUCGAUAUUCAGCGACAACGAGCUUGAACUUCUGAUAUCUGGUCUCCCAACCAUUGAUAUCGAGGAUCUGAAAGCGAACACCGAGUAUCACAAAUUCAGCGUCACCUCCCUCCAGAUCCAGUGGUUCUGGCGAGCGCUGCGCUCCUUUUCGCAAGCGGAACGCGCCAACUUCCUUCAGUUCGUCACCGGCACCUCCAAAGUUCCUCUACAGGGCUUCUCUUCUCUCGAGGGUAUGAAUGGCGUGCAGAAGUUUCAGAUUCACAGAGACGACAGGUCUACGGACAGACUGCCUUCCGCUCAUACCUGCUUCAACCAGCUUGAUCUUCCAGUUUACGAGACCUACGAUAAACUGAGGAGGAACCUCCUUCUCGCCAUCAAUGAGUGCCCUGAAGGAUUUGGCUUGGCUUGAAGUUUGAACUGCAAAAGCUUAACAUGUUGCCGAGCAAUUAUUAUGAUACGUGACCUAACUUUUGGUUGCCGAGCGAAUAUAUUCAUCGGCUUUUUGGGAACCGCUGUAAAUUAUUUUCAAGUUGGAUACGUUGAACUUAUUGCAGAUUCAUUGGUUUUUUAGUUUUUGGAAUAUGUUUUCACAUUGAAAGGGGUAUACGGGGAUAAAAGAGAAGAUAUAAAAUGUAUCGGCUUGUUAUUUAUAAUGUUGUUGUUUACAACACGACCUAUAUAUCGGGGUAAUAGUUGUGACAGGUCGUGUUUCAGAUCAUUAUAUUAGAUGAGUAGUGAGUUUAGGGGCCAUCUACAUUUACUAACCUCACUCCGCUAUAACUUCGUUCAUGAAAAUGACUGUCGUUUUUAGGCAUCUGUGUGGCACGUGCACGCGGUGCCAUUUAACUUCGUUUUAGCUUACACUUCCAAGGAAGAAUUUCAUAUACACGGAUUAACCUCUAGAUUGUGUACCUGUUCCUCAAAAAUCUUAAUAGUUUUCAAAUAAAUUUAACUCAAUAA